AGAAAAGCGCUGGAGCCAGCGCGCGAAGGGUGAAGGUCUAUUAGUUUAGCACCAUCGGGCGGGAGAUGGGUGUAUACAUUUUGACAUUGUAAAAGUAACGUUUACAUUUUGAUUAUAUGACGUUUUGGAUAAAAAGACUGCGUUUUCUACGUUCACACGCCUUUGGAGUGACCGCAUCGUGCGAUUGAUGUAGUUUUGUACCGUAUAAAACGACCUAAAGAUGAGCUCUCUUCUGUCUGAGCGGCCUGUAGAUCUGGCAGAGGCAAGAACAGCUGAAAGUGAUUCAGAUAGUGGAAUGGGCUCACCAGUGGAGGAGCCUGUGAUUGACACCAACAUGGUCUCUGAGGACCAGCAAGAUUCAGAUGAAGAUAUCACUGUUAGUCGGAAGGGACGCUCUCGGAAAGCACUGCAGGACAGUGACAGCGACGGGGAGCAGGAAGAGGCCGGAAUGGCAAAUGCUCUGGUCCUGUCAGAGUCCAGCGACGAGGAGACAAAGACUAAUGAGACCGAAAGCAUCAAAAAGAAGCGAGGGAAACGAGUAUCCCAUAUCUCAAUGCACAGUGAUGACAGUGAGCCAGAGAAAGCAGAAGUCGAAGUCAAACCAAAAGAAGCGAAGAAAAAGAGGGAGAAGUCACAAAGACGCAAAGAAAAAGAGAAACGCAACUUUGCCCUUGUAAAACGACUGAAAGAAAAAACAGAGGAGGUCCUUCCAAUCAAAGCACUCAAUGACAGCGGCUGUCUGCUUGGGGACUCCGAUCUAUUUGAUGCCCAGUUAGAGGAAGACUCUGAACGGCAAUUGGAAAGUGAAGAGGAAGAGUCUCUAGAUGCUAUCCGAUCAGCUGUGAAAAAGAAGGCCAAACACAAACCUCGUCUAUCAGACUUCAGUGGAGAUGAGGAACAAGAGAACAGGUCACCACGCAAGAGGUCUUACAGUUGGGGACGGAGAGUCUCCAUACGGCUGGAUUAA